CGGCGUUACAGGCGCAUUCACCCCGAAUACAACCUCCGCAUAACAUUAAAUCUAUCAAAUCCUAUAACUCGGCAUGUUAUCUCCCGCUCUACGAAUCGGACAUUAGUGCGUACAAGAUUUGUGUCACUGUUAUGGCUAUAAAUAUAGUCGCCUACAUAUCUGGGUAUCGUGAUAAUAAAACGGAACGGACAGCUACGAGGGCGUAGCUCAGAAGAGAAGAGAAGAGCGCAGCGUGACAGCGGGCACGGGCAGCAUGUUCGCAGCGGGUCGGUAGUGCAGAAAGGUCGCGGUCGGUUUGGCGCGUGCGCGGAUCGAUCGCGCGGCAUCGACCGCGCGGGGCGGGGCGCCGUGAGCUCAGUCGCGCGCGGCAACAGCGUGCGAGCGCGCGCACCUCUGCACGUGCAUGGCGCGCCUGACUGGAUGCCUCGCGCCUUCGGGGAAUGGCUUCGUCUGAGGAAGAGACGUCUACCGCGUCGAUCCCUGACAAUGACUGCCUCAGUAUCCGAAAAUGGUGGUGCUUUCUUCUGUCGUCGAUCUUCACUUUCCUCGCGGGGCUGCUGGUGGUGGUGGUAUGGCGCGCGUGCGCGUUCGUCUGCUGCCGCAAGGAGCCGGAGCUCGCUCCCAACGACCCCAAGCAAAAAGAGCAGAAGGCGGCGCGGCAGGGCAAACAGGAGUUCGAGGGCACCUUCAUGACCGAGGCCAAGGACUGGGCCGGCGAACUUAUCUCCGGUCAAACCACCACUGGACGAAUACUGGUAGUGUUGGUGUUCAUCCUGAGUAUAGCAUCACUUAUCAUCUACUUCAUUGACGCGUCCAGUGAGGAGGUGGAGCGAUGCCAGAAAUGGAGUGGCAAUAUGACGCAGCAGAUCGACCUCGCCUUCAAUAUAUUUUUUAUGGUCUACUUUUUUAUAAGAUUUAUAGCAGCUAGUGACAAACUAUGGUUCAUGCUCGAGAUGUAUUCAUUUGUAGAUUAUUUCACGAUACCCCCAUCCUUUGUAUCAAUAUAUCUGGAUAGAACGUGGAUAGGGCUAAGGUUUCUCAGAGCUCUACGCUUAAUGACCGUGCCUGAUAUUUUGCAGUACCUCAAUAUAUUAAAAACAUCGAGCUCGAUUCGUUUGGCGCAAUUAGUUUCUAUAUUCAUAUCAGUGUGGCUUACAGCUGCAGGUAUUAUUCAUUUGCUGGAAAAUUCCGGCGACCCGCUGGAGUUUGAGAACGCGCAGAAACUAUCAUACUGGACAUGUGUGUACUUUCUUAUAGUCACCAUGUCCACAGUAGGUUAUGGUGAUGUGUUCUGUCACACAGUACUUGGCAGAACCUUUUUGGUUUUUUUUCUCCUCGUUGGCUUGGCAAUGUUCGCUAGUAGCAUUCCCGAAAUUAUAGAGCUGGUAGGAAGUAGGUCCAAGUACAGUGGCGAGCUGAAGCGUGAACAUGGAAAAAGGCAUAUUGUUGUAUGUGGCCACAUUACAUACGAAUCAGUGAGCCAUUUUUUAAAAGACUUCCUACAUGAAGACAGAGAAGACGUAGAUGUUGAGGUUGUUUUUUUACACAGGAAACCGCCCGACUUGGAGCUCGAAGGCCUGUUCAAGAGACACUUUACCACUGUGGAAUUCUUUCAAGGCACCAUUAUGAACCCAAUCGACCUACAGAGGGUAAAAGUACACGAAGCCGAUGCCUGUUUAGUGCUAGCCAAUAAAUACUGCCAAGACCCAGAUGCUGAAGAUGCUGCCAACAUCAUGAGGGUCAUCUCCAUCAAGAAUUAUUCAGAUGACAUCAGAGUUAUCAUCCAACUCAUGCAAUAUCACAAUAAGGCCUAUCUUCUCAACAUUCCAUCUUGGGAUUGGAAGCAGGGUGACGACGUGAUCUGUUUAGCAGAACUGAAGCUGGGCUUCAUCGCGCAAAGCUGCCUCGCACCAGGCUUCUCCACCAUGAUGGCGAACCUCUUCGCUAUGAGGAGUUUCAAGACGUCCCCCGACACACAAGCUUGGCAGAACGAUUACCUGCAGGGUACUGGCUGUGAGAUGUACACGGAGACUCUGUCGACAUCGUUUACUGGGAUGACCUUCCCUCAAGCGAGCGAGUUAUGCUUCACAAAACUCAAACUGCUACUGCUAGCAAUAGAAAUCAAGGGUGAAGAAGGAGCGGAUAGCAAAAUUUCCAUCAAUCCUCGAAACGCGAAGAUAUUGGCCAACACGCAAGGGUUUUUUAUAGCACAAUCAGCUGAUGAAGUAAAGAGAGCCUGGUUCUACUGUAAAGCCUGCCAUGAAGACAUAAAAGACGAAACGCUCAUCAAGAAGUGCAAAUGCAAAAACUAUGUCGGAAUGAUGAUGAUGCAGACUGGGAUGGUGAAACAAAAUCUUAAUACAUAUCGAGGUUGUCUCGACGUGGCCACAUUCAGGAAGGGCGUACGAGCCGUCCAGAUGGUUGGCAGGGCAAAUGACCACCAUCCUCCCCCCACCUUCACGCCGCCAGAGUUGCCCAAGAAGGUCCAUGUUCGAGGUGAGAUUGCAAGAGAAAGAGGAGAGGAUAUGAGUUUGAUCAACCGGAACCAUCGGAACGCGGUACCACCGGGUCUCAUAUCUCCGAUGGCCAACACGCUGAUCAACACUUCGACCACGCGCCAAGUCAACAAGGUGAAACCCAACGUGAAUAGAGCGCCGCCGGACACGAAUCCGCAGGAGCAAGAUACGAAUUACCAGGCCUAUCACCUUGCCUACGAAGUCAAAAAGCUCAUGCCAACAAGCAGGAGUAGCGGUGGUAACCAAAACAGCAACGGUGUAAGUUUGCCAGCCGGCCUGGCGGAUGACCAGUCGAAAGACUUCGACUUUGAAAAGACUGAAAUGAAGUACGACUCCACUGGAAUGUUCCACUGGAGUCCCGCCAGGAACCUGGAGGAUUGUAUAUUGGACAGAAACCAAGCGGCCAUGACGGUGCUCAACGGACACGUAGUAGUGUGCCUGUUCGCUGACCCGGAUUCCCCCCUCAUCGGUCUCCGUAACCUGGUGAUGCCGCUAAGAGCGUCCAAUUUUCACUACCACGAACUCAAACACGUGGUGAUCGUCGGCAGCGUAGAGUACAUUAGAAGAGAAUGGAAGAUGCUUCAAAACUUACCGAAGAUAUCUGUACUGAAUGGUUCACCGCUAAGCCGGGCCGACUUGCGUGCAGUUAAUGUCAACCUAUGUGACAUGUGCUGCAUCCUGUCAGCGAAGGUGCCAUCGAAUGAUGACCCGACGUUGGCUGACAAGGAAGCUAUCUUGGCUUCGUUGAACAUCAAAGCCAUGACGUUCGACGACACCAUAGGAGUGUUGAGUGCGGGAGUCGGCACCAACGGGAGCAGCACCACGCAACCGCCCAGCGGCACUGCACCUGCGCCCGUGCUGUUGCAGCGGAGAGGAUCGGUUUACGGUGCCAAUGUGCCUAUGAUUACUGAGCUGGUGAACGACAGCAACGUACAGUUCCUGGACCAGGACGACGACGAUGAUCCCGACACCGAGCUGUACCUCACGCAGCCGUUCGCCUGCGGCACCGCCUUCGCGGUCAGCGUGCUCGACUCUCUCAUGUCUACCACCUACUUCAAUCAGAAUGCCUUAACGCUGAUCCGUUCGCUGAUCACGGGCGGCGCUACUCCUGAGCUGGAGUUGAUCCUAGCCGAGGGAGCCGGACUCCGAGGGGGAUACUCGACGCCAGAGAGUUUAGCUAACAGAGACCGGUGUAGAGUUGGCCAGAUAUCCCUCUACGACGGUCCGCUCGCGCAAUUCGGGGAGGCCGGCAAGUACGGUGACCUGUUCGUGGCAGCGCUUCGCUCCUACGGGAUGCUCUGUAUAGGCCUCUACAGGUUCCGGGACACGUCGUCCUCAUGCGAUGCGAGCAGCAAGCGAUAUGUGAUCACGAACCCACCUGAUGACUUCAGUUUACUGCCCACUGAUCAGGUGUUCGUCCUAAUGCAAUUCGACCCGGGCGUAGAGUACCGAUCGAACCGACGCGCGGGCUCGGCGACGGGCAGCGGCGGCAAGGACGACGCCUCCUGACUAUUGCUGUGCAGCGCCCUCACAGACGGACCCUACUCCUACAUCUAGGCGGGGGCCGUCCGCGGCCGCAACUAGCGACCCAGGGACGCUCCGGCCCUGGACUAGUUGCGCCCGCGCACACACAACACUCCGACAAUCCAACCCUGACCGACUCGGCGGACCCCUCCUAGUGUUUUCUUUCUUUACAUAUCCCACAGUUUUCACACGACGGACACAGCACCGCAACUCACAAACUCUGAUGCACUUAGAAGACACGUGGUCGACCUCUUUUUUUUGUGGUUUCAAUUGGGCAACGAAUUGACUGCAAUUGGAGCAGAUUUCAAAACAGGUUGGCGACAUAUCAAUGUUACUCGUACAACCUAACCAACCAGGAUUAGCCCGAAUUCGUUCACGUUUAAUUGUCCAUGCAGUAUUUUAGUCGCCCGAUUUUUUUUUUUAUUUAAAUACAAAUUGCACCAUUCCGGCCUCAUAUAAAACCUGUGUACCGACUACAAGUAUGAAAAUAUAUGCAGAGUGAUACAAUCCAUAAUUUGUAUUCGUCGAUCAUUGAUCAUAUUUAAUAAAUGUUAGGCGAGCUUUCGGUGUUUCAGAGUUUUAGUGGUGAAAUUUGUUUAGUAGGACGAAUAAUAUCGCGUCGUUUACAUAUAGCGGGCAGUGCAUAGUAGAACUACUACAAGUUUGGAUUGCUUCGCUCUGUGUUACAUAAGGCACACUGCACAUUUCUUUUCGAGAGAGUAGGUAAGGUAUUAACCGGUAUGUUACCACUCAAACGAGUGUAGGACAUCUUAUAAAUGGUGAUGGUGAAUAUUUUUAAUUUAAAGGAGAUCAAAUGCUCAAUAUUAAUGGAACCUUUUAAACUUUUAAUUGCAUGACAGAAGUAGAUAUGUUCGUGGGACAAUUUUUAUGAUAUUGCAUAUUACUAUAUAUUGAUGUAUAUAGCUUUUCUCUUUAUUUAGAAUAUCCAUUCCUUAUUCAGUAGUUUUUCUCGCAUCACGUAUUUAAGGCGCUAUAUUUACGAAGCUAAAAUAUAAAUAUUUUAAGCAUUUAAAAAUUUCAUCGACUGAUUGAUUGUUAAGCACUUCACACGUCGAUUAUGUUUUUAUGUUGUUAUUGACUCACUUUAAAUAUAGCUAAGAUUUUUUUUUUAAUUUUAUUUUAUCGUUUUGUUGAAUUCGUACUGAAUUCACAAAUUCUAGUUAUAAGGGCUCGCAUAUUUUUUUUUUUUUUUUACAACAAAUCUUUAUGGUAGCGACCUGCGUACACCAUUAUUUCCAUUGUUCAUAGACUCAUCUUUUUACACAUUAUGUAUACAUUUAUUAUAGUUAGUUAUUAGUUGACCAUUUUCGUGUUAAUCUGUGCAACGUGUACCUGCAACUUACUGUCACAUCUACACGAAAAUGCAACUGUACUUUUAGACUUUUAGUUGAACUAUUCACAUUUUAGUGUCAUAUUUUGUUUAUUUUUUUAAUAAAACUAUUAAGCUUUGUUUUUA